GAUUCUCUCGCUAUAUCAAUGGAACAGGCAGUUGAACCAAUGGACAUUGACGAAUAUGACUUAUAUACUGCAGGAGCUGAAGGUCAAGACUCUGGAACAACUUUGAAUGACAUGAUGCAUCUAAACUUCACAAUGGAUCGAACACACAAUUCAGACUCACUGUCAGAAAAGGACAUUUAUACAGCUGGCUAUGAAAGGCCACAACCUUCAGCACCACUGGAUGUUGCUAAAUUUAUAAUCAAAGUGGACUGGAGAGAACCAUUUCCAGAGAGAUGGAGAGCAACAUUACAGAAAGCCCUUCAGAGCUGCUUCCUCAAAAUGGAAGGAAAAACUGAUGUCGUCAGCCUUAAACUCAUGGAUGAUCCGUCCUGUGCAGAGGUGCAGAUAACACCAUCAAGAGCUCUAGAAGUGUUAAAAAGGCUCAACCGUAUAUCUUUGAGGUUUAAAGAUUAUAAGGAUGGUACAUUUAAGGAAGCGACUGCAUGGAUUGGUCUGGAUGAAGCACAUUUUGUAAAGGACAACGGAGCGCCUUCAACAAAGGUGAUCGGUUCUAUGCCCGUGACUGCAGCAUCAGAAUACACAAAUGAUGUUGAUGACGUGUCUGCAUCUAAUAGAGCUUCAAAUAAAGCUGAGUCCAGUAAAACUGCGAUAACGACCCCUGAUACACCAGCUGUACUGACUGUCCCCCUUUAUGAGUUCUGGUACAUGCAUCACGCUUACAGAAGGGAGUUAGAACAAUUUGAGAAACAGCAUGGAGUCUCUAUUUGUGCAGAAGUGUCAGUCUCAAUCAAACAUAUCCAGAGAUCAAGCCCUGAUUCUGUGCCUAAAACCACUGAUGACUUUGAGAAACUUGUUCAGGAAUGUGUUGGUAGUUUUAGUCAUGCUGCCAUUAAUCAUAAUCACAUGAAUUCAGAUAUUGUGAAGCACGCCCUUCGUUUCAUCCAGUCAGAGGAGGCAAAGAUGAUGUUCACCAUGUCUGCCAGUGACUGCCUGUUCUUUGGACCGAAGAAAUAUACAGACGUGAUUAAAAGAGACGAAGAAGGAACAAGAAUGGAAAGCCAAUUCAAUGACAAAUCAAGUCAAAUGAAUAAAGAAAACAGGUCUUUAUUUAACAUGGACACAAAGGAUCUUCCAACUCAUCUAGAGAUGGACACGGUUCAUUGGGAUCUGAUGAAACUUUCCUAUAAGGAGCAAUUAUCACAGCUUGAAACAAAGUACGGAGUGUCAUUUAAUGAAGAAAAACAGCAGAAAAAUGUAACCAUUAAGGUUCAAGCUCAAUCCAAAGGAGUUCAACAUAUUAAUCUUGAAAGUCAUGCCAUCAGAGCUUUAACACAACUCUACCAGAAACUUGGAUCGGCCGCUGUCACCUGUGAACUCAAAAACCCUACAGACGCAACUCUUGUGGCAUCAGAAGUAGAGAAACUUCAGCAGGAGCAUCAUUGUGUUGUUGCAGAAGAUGCAUUGAGUCGCUGGAGGCUCGUUGGACUGCCAGAACAUCUCGGUCCUGCCAUUGCUGAAAUUGAGAAGAUGCUUCAGAAGAGUGUGUUUGAUGACAAGAAGAAGAAAUCGAUUGGUUACUCGGAGGACGUUCCUCAUGCAAGAGGAAUCCAAUGGAAUCAGAUGCCUGAUUAUGGGGAAGGAGCAGUGGGAGGAUCAGUACGGGAAGAGGGGAUGAAUUUUAAAGGGCGGAGUGAAGCUGAUAAGGGUUUCAUUGAUGAUCUAAAAAAAAAAUCUAGAAAAUAUGAAUUCUGUCGAGAUUGUGGGUCAAAGAAGAGUAUGGGAUCCAUCUGUCCUGUGUGUAAGGAAGUGUAUGGGAAAUUGGAGGGAAACCAACCAAUUGGAAAAAUGAAAGCAACAAAGACCGGAAUGAGUCUUCCUGGAUAUCCAGGUUGUGGCACUAUUGAAAUCUACUAUGACAUACCUGAUGGUGUUCAAACGAAGCAGCAUCCAAACCCAGGAAAGCCUUUUUAUGGGUCAAAUCUUCAUGCGUACUUGCCAGACAAUCCUGAAGGAAAAGAAGUGCUCUCACUGCUGCAUAGGGCUUUUAAACAGAAACUGAUCUUUACUGUCGGGAGAUCUACAACUACAGGUGCAGAUAAUGUGGUCACCUGUAAUGAUAUUCAUCAUAAGACCAACAUAUCCGGUGGGCCUGAAAGUAAUGGCUAUCCAGAUCCUGGCUACCUGAAGAGAGUUAAAGAUGAGUUAAAGGCCAAAGGCAUUAAAUGAGGAUAUUAUAUAGUCUGCAAAAAUGCAAUACCUCUGCUG